AUGGACGAUCCUUGGUACAAGUCGACGGAUUCGUUGACAUGGGCGUUGACGAGGAAGAAGACCGAAUCGGAAGACACGGGCAAAGAAAAACUGAAACGAGUGUUGACGUUCUUCGAUUUGACCGCACUGGGCACCGGCGCCACGUUGGGAUGCGGCGUGUACGUGUUGGCCGGCGCGGUGGCCAAGUCCAUCGCCGGUCCAGCUGUAGUGUUGUCGUUCGCUAUUGCCGCCGUGGUUUCCGGAUUUUCGGGACUGUGUUACGCCGAGUUUGCCGGUCGCGUGCCCAAAGCGGGGUCCGCGUACAUCUACAGUUACGUGGCCGUCGGCGAGUUCACCGCGUUCGUCAUCGGUUGGAAUCUGCUCAUCGAACAUCUAAUCGGAACCGCGUCCGUGGCCAAGGCUAUGAGCAAUUACUGUGACGCGCUGCUGGGCAGUCCGCAGAAAACGUUCAUGUUGGAACAUUUUCCCAUGCACGUCAGUUUCUUAGCUACCUAUCCGGAUUUUGCUUCGUUCGUCGUCAUAUUUUUCAUUUCACUUUUGGUAGCUUGGGGCGUACGUGAAUCGUCGAUUACCAAUAAUAUAUUUACAUCAUUGAAUUUGAUAACUGUUUGCACUGUCAUUAUAACAGGAUUUUACAAAGCAAACUUUGCCAAUUGGUCUAUUCCUAAAAGCGAAAUACCCCCCGAAGCGAAAGGCGGUGAAGGUGGAUUUUUACCAUUCGGCUGGGUUGGUGUGGCCGCAGGAGCUGCGAAAUGUUUCUAUGGGUUCAUCGGUUUUGAUUCAAUCGCCACGACGGGCGAAGAGACAAAAAAUCCUAAAAGGGACAUACCGUUGGCCAUCGUAGCGUCCCUGUUUCUAAGCACUAUAGCUUAUUGCGGCAUAGCCACUGUUCUGACUCUAAUGUGGCCUUAUUAUUCUCAGGACCCGGAAGCACCGCUACCAGCUCUCUACGAAAACUUGGGAAUGCCGACGAUCAAGAUUAUAGUUUCUGGAGGGGCAAUAUUCGCUUUAUGUACCAGUCUUUUAGGCGCGAUAUUUCCGCUGCCCCGUAUCUUGUACGCAAUGGCCAGCGACGGUCUGAUAUUCCAUUUCCUGGCGAACAUCAAUGCCACCACAAAGACGCCGUUGAUUUCGACAGUCUUGUGCGGAAUUUUUGCCGGAUCUUUAGCCACCGUGUUUAAUCUCGAACAGCUCAUCGACAUGGCGUCCAUCGGAACCCUUCAGGCGUACACGAUCGUAUGCAUAUGUGUGUUGAUUUUGAGGUACUCCGACAACAGUCCGCAGUCGAUCCAAGGUCCUGUGACAUUGAAAUCGAAAACCAUUACGGCUCACACGUGGCUGAACUUGUCGAAUACUAAAGUAACAAACACUGACACUCAAUACGUCUCAAGAGUAUUAAUCGCAAUAUUCAGUGCAUUUUCCUUUGUAUUUGGAAUAAGUCUGGCGAACAUGGAAUCGCAUUAUGGCGCAACCAAAAACAUGUUCAUGAUUAUAAAUGUAAUAUCGCUUUUAGUACUACUUAUCACGCUACUCAUGUUGAGUAGACUUCCAACAGCCGUUGAAGAUCUGUCGUUCAAGGUACCUCUAGUUCCCCUAAUACCGUGCUUGAGUAUAGUGUUGAACGUUUACCUAAUGAUGGAACUCGAAUACAAGACUUGGAUACGGUUCAUCGUUUGGCUUAUAUGUGGUCUGAUGAUAUACUUGUUUUAUGGAAUCAAACAUAGUGUAGAAGGUAAGAAGCAGAAAAAUGAGCUCAACACUAUUCAAUUCAAACCAAAAAUAUAGUAAAUCGACCAAUAGUUCAACAAUGAUCUACAAUUUCCUUCACAUUUUUUGUGUGUAGGUCGAUCUACAUGACCAUUUUGAAAUAAAUUUGGUUUUUUUUUUUUUGUAUAAUUUAAAUUUUGAUUUUUAUAAAAAAAAAAU